AUGACUUCGAUCGCACGUCGCAUCGUCAGCGGCCAGAAGGCGCGCUUCCAGGAUCCCGUCCUCGACCUCGACCUAGACCUCACAUACGUCACAGAUCAUCUCAUCAUCAUGGGCUUCCCAGCCUCCGGCGUGGCAUCUCUCUACCGCAACAAGCGCUCUGACGUACGUCGCUUCCUAGACAAGCGCCACGACGACCUGUACCGCGUCUACAACUUCUGUCCCGUCACCGAGAACUCGUACGACGCCGACGAGUUCUACGGCCGGGUUUCGCGCUACCCUUUCCCAGAUCAUCACGUUCCGCCGCUCAGCUUGAUCCCGCUCUUCGUCGCGGACAUCACCGAGUACCUCGAGUCUGAUCCCGAUGCGACGGCGGUGAUCCACUGCAAGGCGGGCAAAGGUCGCUCCGGCACCAUGACGUGCUGCUAUCUUGUCUCGCUUCCCUACCUACCGACGCCGCCGACCAGUCUCAAGAACUACAGCAAGAUGAAGCGUCCGCCGGCUCAGGCUACAUCCGCGACUCCACCUCUAGCUACCAUCGCCUCCGCAGAUGGGCGACCGAACGACACUCAAGCUUCAGCCUCGACGCAAACGCAGGGACACCUACUUCCCCCAUCCAACAGCCUUCAGAUCCCCUCGUCAGCCCACUCCGCCAUCUCAUCCGCAGACUCGUCCUUCGACCAACCACCCGUCAACGGCACCCUUCGUCGUCGUCCCUCGCUCACGCCAGACCAGAGCAUCAUCCGCAACGACGACCACAACCCCGAAAACGAGAUGGCGCAGAUCUCCUCGCGUCUUCAAACGAUCUUUGACCUGCACACCUCUCGUCGUAUGAAGCCGCAGUCGACCAAGCAGGCGUCGCGUCAACCGACGGGCCUGGCUCCCAGUGCGCGCUCCACGCCUGCUAGUUCCAGUUCAACCUCGCUGCACGCGCUAGGCGCUGGUCCAGCCGGUCGCAGCUGUGACGCUUUCUCUUCGACAGGCCUGAGCCGGGCUACUUCAGCCAGUAGCUCCUCGGUGGCACUCAACGCCAAUACGGAGGAUCACUCUGACACGCGUCGGCCGAAGAUGGGCGUUUCGAUCCCGUCCCAACGUCGGUGGGUGGGUUACUGGACGCGCAUGCUGGCGGGCCGAGAUGCGCGGUUGUCCAUGACAUCCGUUCAACGACAGCCACGUCGGCAGAUCCGCAUCGUGCGCAUCAGCAUCGAUCGUCGCGGCUCCUCUUCCGCUGGCAAGACGCAGGGGUGGGUAGAGGGACUCGUCCCGCACUCCGACUCGCUUUCCGUCCAACUGGUCCGGUACGACGAUGCGCUCGUAGACCGAUUGGAGGGGUGGGAGCGACACGCGCGAAGACGAGCCAAGGCGUUCGGCAAACACGACCCCUCCGGUCUAGCAGGCGAUCUCGAUGUGGAGGAGCAAAAGCAGAGGGCGCACCUGAAAACGUUGCGUCGCCAAGCGAGUCAGACCCAGUGUUGGGAUGGACGGAAGUUUGGUGGCGAACAUGAGGGUAAGAUCGGCAAUUGGGGGGUAUGUGUCAAAGCUGAGGCGGAACGAGCUAGGACGUUCGAGUGGCACGAUGACGGGCGGCAGCUUAAUCAUUUUGCGCUGUGGAGCGAGAGCAGAGCUCGGACUGCCAACGAGAAUGGGUGGAGAUACACCUUCGAACCCCCUCCCUCGGAAAGGAAGCAGUCGGCCGAUUCGGGCUACCACUCGCAGCAAUCGGACGACACCACUCCCCCUUCGUCCACCUCGUACCUCCCCCAGGGCGUGGACGUGGGCGACGUGCUCGACGCCGAUCGCGAGGUGUGCGUCAAGGUGCUCGUAGGAAGGACGGGGAGCAAGCACGCCAAGUUGCCGGAUAUCGCCAGUGCAGGAUGGUGCUGGUUCAUCCCGAGCUUUGAGGAUCCACUGGCGGAUGGUGGCGUCAAGGUCGGGAGUAGGACAGUGGUGAGAUUCGGGAAGGACGAGAUCGAUUUCAGGAAGGAGCCGCUAGGACUGGUUGGGGUGGAGGUCGAGUGGGAGUGGGUCAGCGUUGGGGUUGAGGAGUAG